AUGAGCCUCACCAAUGACUUGAAGGACCCAUCCCGUUCGGAACAGCCCCUCGACGGCGCCGGCUUUGAGGCCGAAGAUCGCAAGUACCCCUUUACAAUCUCGUCGUGGGACGACUACCACAACUACCGGCCAACGCUGCCGCCGUCCAUGUUUGCGGCGUGGAUGAAGUAUCACGAAUCGCAUGGCGGCAAGCCCGACGUCGCUCAUGACAUUGGCGCCGGCUCCGGCACCGGCGCCGCCUUUCUAUCCCAAGUCUUUGCCCACACGUACGUGUCCGAUCCCGGCGCGGCCAACAUUGCCAUUGCGCGCACGCGACUACAGCCCGCCUCCGGAUUCACGUUCCGCCAGGUGCCCGCCGAGGUGCAGUGGCCCGGACCGGCUACCGUCGACAUGGCCGUCCUCUGCAACGUGCUGCACUGGACCGACGCGCCUGUUGUCAUGGCCAACCUGGCCGCGACUCUCCGGCCUGGCGGCAGCUUUGCGUGCUGCAUGCAGGCCUUUCGCGUCUACUUUCCGCAGAGCCACAGGCUGGACGCGCUGUGGCUGGACGUGACGGAGACGGUCAUGAGCAAGCUGCACAGGGAGGGCGCGCUGAGCGACGCCAUCCGCGCCGGCAUUCGCAACAGCUACGCCGGGUACGAAGGCGUCGACGUGCCCGAGGAGUAUUUUGAGAAUGUGCGCCGCUGGCAUGUAAAUGUGCGCGUUGGAGAUGCUACGCCGUACCGGUUUACCAAGGUGGGCGAGUUUGAGGAGAAUCCGCGCCGGGUUAGGGACGGCGAGACGGAGGAGGUGGUGCACGACCCGGGCUGGCGGCGGCAGGUGGAUGCCGACUGGCUGCGUGGCUUCUUGCGCACGACGACGCUGCCCCUGGGGGAUGACAUUUGGGCUCUGCCGACGUGGACUGAGCUGGAAAGGGUGAUUAAUGACGAGUUUGGCGGCCAAGUGACGGCAGAGUGGCCGGUGUAUAUGCUUCUUGCUACGCGAAAGUGA